GCGUCGGCUGAGUUUGAUAGGCGUUCGUAUCCUGCGUCUUCGCAGUCAUAAAUGUUUGCAAUCAUACCCUCUUCUUUUUUUAUCGGCGAAUUUGGUUACAUAAUAUAUGGCUUGAUGCUUAGGUGUGACUAAAAGUUGAAUUUGGACUUGGUGCCCUCUCAAUGUGAAGUCCUACAGUCAAGAAUGAAAAAGCGGUCACUGGAAAACAAAGUUGCUUCAAGCAGUACGAACUGUUGGAUAGAUCCAGCUUUCACCGAUUUGCCAGGAGAGAACUUACAUGUUUCUGGAAAGAAAAGGGGUCAGGUUUUGGGUUCCAAAACUGAAGCAGUGAGGCCUCGCAAGAGGAAAGGAGAGACCGUCAGCUCAGACCCUCGUACGAUGAACCCACAGAAACACUCUGGCCACGAGGAACAGGAUGAACCCUGGGUGGACAGAUACACGCCAUGUUCAAAGGAUGAUUUAGCUGUUCACAAGAAGAAGACAGAAGAGGUGGAGAGCUGGCUGAGAGUCCAUACAGACACACGACAGGGUGGACUAUUGCUGCUCACCGGACCACCGGGCUGUGGAAAGACUGCUGCAGUCCAGGUUUUGUCUCGCGAGCUGGGCUUAAGAAUUCAUGAGUGGACCAAUCCCCCUAACCUAGACUCAUACACCAUCAGUCAGCAUGACAGGAUGACAAACAGCUUAUCCAGUAUCUCACAGUCAGCCCAAUUCCAGGAGUUCCUCCUAAGGGCCAACAAGUACAGCUGCUUGAAGAUGGUGGGUGAUGGCAGACCUACACUCAUUAAGCUCAUAAUGGUUGAGGAAUUCCCAAACCAGUUUUACCGAAAACCGAGUGAUCUGCAUGAUAUUCUGAGGUACUUUGUGAAGACCAGUCGAUGCCCCCUGGUGUUCAUUGUGUCCAACAGCCCAAGUGGAGACAGUAGUUCAAGAUUCCUUUUUCCCAGAGAAAUCCUGGAGGAGCUGGACAUCAUUAACAUCAGUUUUAAUCCAGUGGCUCCAACUACUAUGAUGAAGGUUCUGAAUCGUAUUCUAACCCAUGAGAAUGGAAAGAGCAAUGGAAGAGUCAUUGUCCCAGAUCAGACAGUGUUGGAGAUGGUGUGUUCAGGAAGUUAUGGAGACAUUCGCAGUGCCAUUAACAGCCUGCAGUUUGCCUCAGUUCCAGACUAUUCACAGGAAAAGGAUGUGUUGAGGGGGAACAAUCCUUUGAUAUUACAGGGUAAGGCAGUUUCCAGAUCCACCAUAAGGAAGAAAUCAAAACCAACAAAGGGACAGGAAGAACAACAAACCUUUGGAAAGAAGGAUACUUGUCUGUUCCUAUUCAGAGCACUGGGAAAGAUACUGCAUUUUAAAAGGGGGAGUCCUGAAGGUGUGAAAGCAGCCGAAAGUGCCUUUGGACGGUUACCAUCACACCUUUCGCAACACCACAGAGAGAAUUUACAGGUGGACCCUGAGUGGGUUUUAGAACGUUCGUAUGUGUCUGGGGAGUUCUUCAACCUGUACCUGCACCAGAAUUACCUGGAUUUUUUUUCUGGGAUGGAAGACGUCGAUAGAGCCAGCGAGUAUAUGUCUGACGCUGACCUCCUCACAUCUGAUUGGAUGAGUAGUAAUACCAUGGGGGAAUAUGCGUCUUCAGUUGUCACCAGAGGGCUUCUUCACUCCAACUCUCAACAAGUAGCUGUUGGCUUCAGACCACUGCACAAGCCCAACUGGUUGCUGGUCAGCAAGAAGCAUCAGGAAAACUGCCUGGCUGCUCAGUGCCUGUUUCGCCACUUCUGUAUGACACCAGUCAGCCUUCAGACUGAGUUGCUACCAUAUCUGGCCAAAUUCACCAACCCCUUGAGGAACCAAGAUCAGAUAACGUUUAUCCAGGAUGUGGGUCACAUGUCACUGAAGAGGUUCCCUGUAAGAUUAAAACUGGAGGCCCUGACUGACCAGGAAGGCCAGCUGAAAAGUGAAAGUGAGGAGGACAUAGAGGAUGUACAGGAAGGAUCUGAGGAGUGUCUAUCAGCCAGUCAACCGCAGCACCCAGCAACUGGUAUCGAGGAGGAGGACAUAAUGAUUGAAGAAUAUGAUAGUGAAUAAUGCAUGUAAUACAAAUCUGCACUGACCAUAAUCCAUAAUGUGAGAUUGUUUGUUUAUUUAUUUAUUUUGAGCUGAGUUCAGGAAGUUUAAGGACAGAUAUUCAUUCUUUCAUCUAAAAGAAACCGUUCAUCAGCAUUUGGAUGAGGGCUUCAUAGAAGGUAUACAUUUUCAUAUUACCCGACACGUAUAUUCCUUCAUGUUCCUUCAAGGUUCGAAGUCCUCCAUUCCAAAAAACACAUUACCCAUUUUGAUUCGAAUCGUACUAUGACUUUUGCAUGCAUCUUCCAAUGUUACAUCACUUCAAGUAGGGCGCUGUACACAAUUCCAUCGUUUCCAUAACCAACAUACGUUCUCACAUCAAAAUGACUGAACGAUAUUUUAUUUACCUCAUGAAUAUUAGUCUUGAUGAGAAUUUAAACUAUUUCAUCACAGGACUCUUGAGUUUUAGAUUUGGGACUCUAUAGGCUGGAGGAAUAUUGAUUGUCAUGUGAUUAUUAUUUGAAGUUGGACUGAGUAAGUAGUGUUACACAUUUGCAUGUUACAGUAUCAUAUAUAUAUAUAUAUAUAUAUAUAUACACACACACACACACACACACACACACCUGGGGUAGGCCACAGCGGACAUCAGAUCUAUCAGACAAAAACUGUUGUACAAUACCCUCUGACUCCUGUCUGUUAAUUAAGCCUUUAUCAAAAACAGGGACUGAGUUGAUAAUCCAUAACACCUCAAUUUUGCAAUUAGAAAGUCAUGGUCUAUCAAAUCAAAUGCAGCACUGAAGUCUAAAAAUAUAGCCCCCACUAAGCUACCUUUAUCCACAUUUUGACAUCAGAUUGUCUAUAAUAUGAGCCAGUGCUGUGGUCGUAGAAUUACCUUGUUUUUAAGCAUGCUGAAAUUUAGAGAGCAAGCCAAAUUUAACAAAAUUAUGCUGAAUCUGCUCACAUAAGAUUGUUUCCUACAUUUUUCCCAAAACAGAUAAAAUACUGAUGGGAUGACUAUUACCCCCAUUACAUGGAGACAUUUUAUCUUUAGGAAUAGCAAUUACUUUUGAUGCUUUGCUCUGUGAAGGAAAAACCCUGCACAAUAAACAGUUAUUAAAUAUAUCAGAAUCAGAAUCAUCUUUAUUUGCCAAGUAUCAGAAUCAGAAUCAGAAUCAUCUUUAUUUGCCAAGUAUGUCCAAAACACACAAGGAAUUUGUCUCCGGUAGUUGGAGCCGCUCUAGUACAACAAACAGUCAAUUUACAGAACACUUUGGGGACAUAAAGA